GUGGUGCUGUGCGGGCUGGAGGAGGGCCUGGUGUGUCGUAACCGGGACCAGCUCGGCCGGGUCAAGAUGUGCCUCAAUUACCAGAUCCGCGUGCUCUGCUGUGACAGCCGCCACUGCGCCACAACCCCGGCCACCACCACAGUGCCCACCCCGGGGACCAGCCUGAGGCCGACCUCCCCAACAACGCCCAAAGCCUCCACUCUCGGCACUGCAGGUCCCUCUUCCUCUGGGACCACCCAGAGUGUCAACUUCCCCACCACUGAGACAGGUCCCUCAUCUCCACCAACCUUGCCGGGUACCACAAUGUGUCCCUCCAUGUUCCCAGAGACAGCGCACAGUUUGAUAUCCUCCACCGCGUCCACCACCUCACCCUCUGUCCUGUCUACUCUGAGGCCCACCGCCUCUCCCAGACCACCCGUCCCUACUACUGCCUGUCUGUGCCGGGCAUUUGGAGAGCUUUUCUUACCAGGGGACGUUGUCUACAACAGAACCGACAAAGCCGGCUGCUAUUUCUACGCCAUCUGCAGCCCGCACUGUGAGCUGGAACGCUUUGAGGGUGCCUGCCCUACCUCCUUACCCCCAGGGUCCCCAUCCUUCGUGUCCCCUACCUCUCCGACUUGGGGCUGCAACAUCACCAGCCCUCCCCGACAGGUGAACGAGUCUUGGACGCUGGGGGACUGCACGGUGGCUCGCUGCGAGGGCGACAACCACAUCAUCGUGCUGGAGCCGAAGCCUGUGGCCCAGGUCACCUGUGUGAAUGGGCACCUGCCCGUCAAAGUGCAGAGCCAGGAGGAUCCCUGCCAGUACCGCUACGAGUGCGAGUGCUCCUGCAGUAGCUGGGGUGGCUCCAACUACAUCACCUUCGACGGCACCUCCUACUCGUUCUGGGACAACUGUACCCACGUCAUCAUGCAGGAGAUCCACCCACGCCAUGGGAACCUCACCAUCCUCCUGGACAGCUACUUCUGUGGGGCCACCGCGGCCUCCACCCGCUGCCCCCGCGCCCUCAUUGUCCACUACAAGUCCAUGGAGAUUGUCCUCACCACCACCAUCAACGCCGAUGGGCAGGAAGAGAGCCUGGUCCUGUUCGACCAUGUGCGGGUGAGCCACGGCUUCAGCAAGAACGGCGUGACUGUGUCUGUGACGGCGGACACCGCCAUGCACGUCAACAUCCCGUCCAUCGGCGCCAGUGUCACCUUCAGUGGGCAGGCCUUCCAGGUCCAGCUGUGCUACAGCCGCUUCAGCCACAACACCGAGGGCCUGUGUGGCACUUGUACCAAUAGCAAGGUAGACGACUGCCGCCGGCCAGAUGGCACCAUAGCUCCCACCUGCAAGGACAUGGCCAAAACCUGGCUGGUCCCUGACAGCAGCAAGGAAGGCUGCUGGGCACCGACUGGCCCGUCCCCGACCACCAGCGGCCCGGCCUCGGCGCCCACCACACCUUCCUCCACCCCGUGCCUCCCAGCGCCCCUCUGCGAGCUGAUGCUGAGCCGGAUCUUCACGGAGUGCCACGGCCUCAUCCCUCCCGGCCCAUUCUUCAGCACCUGCGUCAGAGACAGCUGCCAGGCCAGCCGCCCCGAGGUGCCCUGCGAGAGCCUGGAGGCCUACGCGGCGCUCUGCCGCGCCCGGGGCGUGUGCAGCGACUGGCGCAAUGCCACCGCCGGGCUGUGCGACCUCACCUGCCCGCCUGAAAAGGUGUACAAGCCAUGUGGCCCCAUGCAGCCCAUGUCCUGUGACUCCAGGAACCACAGCCCAGAGAGCAAGAGGCUGGUGGAAGGCUGCUUCUGUCCCGACGGCCACAUGCUCUUCAACUCACACACGGACGUCUGUGUCCCCAAGUGCCCUUGCGUGGGACCAGAUGGGUUUCCCAAAUUCCCUGGAGAACGGUGGGUCAGCAACUGCCAGGCCUGCGUGUGCGACGAGAGCUCCGUGUCGGUGCAGUGUGUCCCGGUGCGGUGCGAGCCCCAGGACCAGCCCCCGGAGUGCAGCUGGCCCGGCUUUGUGCCCGUGACCAGGCCCCUGGCCAACAACCUCUGCUGCCCAGAGACGCUGUGUGUCUGCAACGUGACCACCUGCCCCCGAAGCCUGCCGGAAUGUGGGCCGGAAGAGGAGCUGACCCGCACCCAGGAGGAGGGCAGCUGCUGCCCCACCUUUGGCUGCAGACCUAAGCUGUGCAGCUACAAUGGCACCGUCUAUGGGGUCGGUGCAACCUUCCCAGCGGUCACUCCCUGCCACACGUGCACCUGCCUGUCUGUGGACACCCAGGACCCGACUGUGCACUGUGAGGAGGAUGCCUGCAACAGCACCUGUCCCCAGGGUUCCGAGUACUCCAGAGUGGCUGGGCAGUGCUGCGGGGAGUGCGUGCAGACGGCCUGCCUCACGCCCCACGGCGGGCUGGUCCAGCCCAACGAGACCUGGGUCAACAGCCUCGUGGACAACUGCACUGAGUACCACUGCCUGGCUGAGAACGGGAACCCUGUGCUGACUCCGAGGCCCGCGCCCUGCCCCGACGUUCCCAGCUGCAGGGGCACCCUCAGGAAAACCGGCUGCUGCUACUCCUGUGAGGAAGCCGACUCCUGCCGGGUCCAAGUCAACAGGACGGUCCUGCGGCACCGGGACUGCGAGGCCGCCGUCAACUUCACGUUCUGCGAGGGCUCCUGUCCAGGAGCGUCCAAGUACUCCGUGGAGGCCCGGGCCAUGCAGCGGCGGUGUACCUGCUGCCAGGACGUCAGGGCCCACGAGGAGGCGGUGACCAUGCAGUGUCCCGACGGGACGGCCAUCCAGCACACCUACACCCACGUGGACGAGUGCAGCUGCACCCCGGCCUGCAUCCCCUCGCCUUUGGCUCCCGAGGACAGUGUGUCUGACUCUCAACCCUAGGGGGCCACUGCUGCCUGAUGCCAUCUGCCCCCCCACUGCCCCGGGUGAAACCCACAGCCUGGCAGGGGACAGUGCAGCUUGAGGAGGGUGCUACACGGAGCCCCUUGGCCGUCUUGGCCGCCUGCCCCGCCAUCACGGCCAGCCUUCAUCUGAAAGAUGUGCUGGCUCCGCCCAGACUCAUCCCUUCCUGGUGUCAGAGGGACGCCAGGAGCAAAACUGCACCUCAGGGCAGGCGCUGCACUGCUCCGCUCCGCUCCUCACCGGGGGCCCCGCCACACCCCCAAACCCCCUGGAGCCCGGCUCUCCGCUGCCGCCUCCGGCCGCUGACUGCAGCCUGAGACCCAACCACACCACGCCGGCUGCCUCCAGGAAGUGGAGUCAGGCAGGGCGGCUGCCUGCCUGUGUCUGGACUUGGGGCUGAGGCCAUGAUGGCCGACGGGUGGGCCGGGGAGGGUCAGUGCCCCGAAGCCCCCCCUCUG